AUGUCACAACAACAACAACAAUGCAUUACAGAACAACCUCAAUUAACGGGAUAUGCCGAACAAUUAAAUGAUGAACAAAAUGAGAAAAGAAAAAAGAAUAAUGAUUCUGGUCCUUUAAAUGGUUGUUUUUGUGGUGAUUGUGGAUGUGUUGAUUGUUGUGAUAAUAAUUGUCUUCCAACAGAUUGUAUGGAAUGUUUGGGACAUAUUUUUUGUUGUUGUUCAUUAGCUUCUAAUACAAAUUCUGGGUGUGAUUGUGGAAAUGUUGAUUGUGGGGGAGGAGGGGAUAUUUGUUGUUGUUUAUAAUUAAAUUUUCUCU